CCACGGCUCCCAGCUGUCAUUCAAGCCAUCACAUCACCUCAACCGGGAUGUGGAUACCGACCCUAUCGCGGCGCUCAACAAUGGUACCAAAAAUGUGGUGUCCAAAAUGCUCGGAAAAUCCCUGGCGAUCAUCGCUCAGACGACCCACGAAGAAGGCGCUGAACAACCAGCACUGUCAUCUUGUACUGGAGUCACGCACCCCUCAACUAGGAUAGAGGCAAUGACGUCAAUUGAAUGACGUAGCCUGAAGCAACCCCCACGAGGAAAUGGCGCCAGAGCAGGGGGUCCGCAGGCAGGAGGCGCGGGUGUGGUCCGCCGUGAAACAAUUCCGUGCCUCGUCGGCCUCGGUCCCAGACCGCGCUACGCCGAAGGUGUACAUCGAUCGGAAUGGAUUCUCGGUCUAGCCUGGAGAAGCCGGGGAACCCUCAGCAGGCCGCGCUCGGUGACUUGAGGUCGCUGUUGGGUGCUUUCGUGCGGAAACCUCGCGGGGACGCCCAUGGCAUCGCAGUUGACCAUCCAGCUGUGGCGGAGGCCAAACGUCGCGCCCUACAGAACGGUGGCCCCUUCGACCAUUUCCCUCUACCUUCACCGUCCCAGACGGACCGAGAGCUGUUGGAAAAAGGAGCGGAACAGUGCCACUUCACCUCCGCCAUUCUUCACGGUAUCAAUCACGAAGAUGGGCGUGAGGCAGGCACUCCCUAUCUUACGGAUGGAGACGGCAACUGCUUGUUGAACGCCGUGGCCAUGCUGCUCGUGAAGAAGCAACCACGUGGGGUCAGGAACGCCGUGAAGACGAUGGCAGCUCAGCUCCGGCUGGGGAUUGUCGUGGAAGGCUUGCGCAACAUCGAGGUGUACCUCGAUCGCCAGUAUGAGUUCUACGGCACGUGGUACAACUAUGUGGAUCAGGUGGUGUUCGACCUGAA